AUGCUACCAAAUACACAGCUUCAAUCUGUUGCGGCUUUUACGCCGCAGCCUUCCUCCAUGACUAUCGUUCUCGGGUCCAGGAUCAAACCGUGGCUUGCAGAAUCAUUGAGACGCAUCAGACCCAAUGAACCGCUCAAUAGCGUUGCUGAGCAUCAAACAUGUCUUAGCAAAGUUUUAUCAUCGCCAAACACCAUCUGGAUCCUGGCAUCCCUGAUGCGAGAAGGCCCAAAAGACUCGGAUCCCGGGUUUUAUCUUGUCAAUAUCGAGGCAAAUGUUGUUCUUGUCGAUCUCCCAUGCGAUGGAGUUAUAUUCAAGCUGACUUCGAACACAACAGACGCCCUGAUCGAGUACUAUCAGGACGUCUAUUGUGUUGACGCCGAGGAGAAAGAACAGCACAAGAGCCUACGCAAGGAUUUUAUCGAAGCUAUCAACCGUUACACUUUCCGUAUGCCUGCUGCUGUACUUGAUGGGCUGGAAAAGGAUGGUGCUAGCGAGCCACUUUGUGGGCAAAGCCAAAAUGUCAAAACCAAGAUUUUGAAUCUUAUGGAACGCCUGUCACCCUCGCCCUCUAAAGAGGUCGAGCCCAUUUUGGAGUCGCCCUCGCUGUCCACAGCCGCGUCUUCCGCUGAUUCAUAUUCAAAGCCUCCCAUCUACAAGGGGGUUGGCUGGCCACCUGAUUUGGAUCCAACUCAAGCCCUCUCCCGAUCCCAAUUCAACUGGGACCCUUUUUCGAUAUCCUUCUACGGAAUCCCACCAAUCUCCGCCUUCCCACCAAUACCAAGUCAGCCGGCUUCUGCCGCUUCUAACUUCGGUCAUAUUCCAACUGCCCCGAAAUACGAAUCGGCUCCAGAUUCGACGCAUCUGGAUCAGACGCCAAGAGGAGUACGCGAAUCUCCUCAUUAUUCUCGUCUAUCUGCAGCUCCGACAUGCAAUCCGGGAGGCCAAGCUUGGCUAGAAGAUCGUUUUGCUGAGGCUACUGGCCAUGAUGGUUCCGUCAGAGACAGAUUUGCUGGAGAUCAUCACAUAUCCGGUCGCCAAUCGGGCAUGUCCGUUCAUAGUCAUAGCGGGAGCUUCAGCAGCCAUAAUAGCAACGGCGUUGACGGCUUCUCCGGUGGAGGGAUUUCUGGAGCCAUCGGGAAUCAGAGGACCUCGGUGUACGGAGACCAGGCACUCAGCCUGCAGUCAGUUAUGCCAUCGAGGCAGAGCGAAGGCCGCACGUCGCGUGAACUGGUGUACAAGAGACACCGACGCCCGCCUGAGAUGUGA